UCUCUUACCCUAGAAGAGAAGGACCCCGGUUGGCUUUGUAGUGUUUUAAUCCUCAGAAAACAAUCCACAAAGCUCCUCAAACAUGACCAGAAAGUUCUUUGUUUGUGGAAACUGGAAGAUGAACGGCAGCAAGAAAAGCAUCGGGGAGCUCAUCCAGACCCUGAACACUGCCAAGCUGGACCCCAAUGUCGAGGUGGUGUGUGCUGCUCCAGCCAUCUAUCUGGAACUGACCAGGUCCGAACUGGAUCCCAAGUUCAGCGUGGCUGCUCAGAACUGCUACAUAGUUCCCAGUGGUGGCUUCACUGGAGAGAUCAGCCCUGCGAUGAUCAAGGACUGUGGUAUGGACUGGGUGAUCCUGGGACACUCUACAAGGCGCCACAUCUUUGGAGAGAGUAAUGAGUUCAUUGGUCAGAAGAUAGCGCACGCUCAGGAGAACGAUCUCGGUGUGAUCGUCUGCAUCGGAGAGACGCGGGAAGAGAAGGAGAAAGGCAUCACAGAUCAGGUCAUCUUUGCUCAGAUGAAAGCCAUCGCAGACAACGUAAAGGACUGGAACAAAGUCGUGCUGGCCUAUGAGGCUGGGUGGGCCAUUGGCACUGGGAACGCUGCCUCUCCACAACAUGUGCAGCAGAUUCAUGCCAAAGUGAGGGAGUGGCUGAAGAACAACGUGUCUGAGGCCGUAGCCAACUCUGUGAGGAUCAUCUACGGAGGUUCUGUGAGAGGUGAUACCUGCAGAGAACUUGCCGCCCAGAAGGACAUUGAUGGUUUCAUUGUGGGCAAAGGCUCCCUGAAGCCAGAGUUCGUCGACAUCGUCAACGCCAAGGCAUAAAAUGCGGACAACUGCAAUGUGAGCGGAUUAGAGUCCAACUCCUUUCAGACGGUCCAGUUCUGCAUCUCUCUCAGCACUUAGUCCUCUUUCCCUUUUUCAUUCAGAGUAUUUGUGUGAUGAUGACAUUCCCUCCUUUUCCUUUAUUAUUUUAAUUUAUUUUUUAUUUGAUUAUAUAUUUUGUCACAAAGACAUGGGAUGGGGUGGAAAGCUGUAAGGAAACAUAAUAAAUAUAAAUGAUUUAAAGACUA